UCGUUGCGUGUGGACCGGGCUGUAGCAGACACCACCACGGGGUCUUGAUGUAUCUCUGGUUUCUGGGCAAUGUGUUGUGUUAUGGUAUUGAUUUGUUGUGACGAUCUGAUGUGCCGGUGAAUGUGUUGCUUUUACUCAUAAACAUGCUGCGCCGUAAUAGCGGUAAUAACGACUUAUACAUAUCGUGCUCAUGUAAUCGGACUCCACAUUCUUCAGAUUGGGGGCGUAAUGGGUUAAUAUGUUUCGGAGCGUGCAACGCGGUUGCUAUUUAUGACCCGAAGUAUGCGGAUGCUGGUAAGAUUUUGAAGGUACUGUGCCACCACAAAGGAAGGGUAAAUGCAGUUCAGUGGAUCAAGACAGGAAAUUGUUCACCAGAGACAGAAUUUGUCUCUGCAUCUUCUGAUGGCACCGCUGUCUUAUGGAGUGCGGAUGACAUGGGUGGAUUUUACGUAUCAAGUGUUCUUGAAGGACAUAAUAGUGCUGUGACAUUUGCUGAUGGUAUAUAUUUAUCGAACACUGACCAUCAAAUAUGCAAGCAACCACUUAUUGUUGUUACUGCGUCUGCAGACUCCUCUUUGAAGAUAUGGCGAAGGAAGAAAGCUGAAGUAGCAGCUGUGUGCUCACAGACAGUGAAUUUUGGUUCUGGAUUCUGUUUGUGUGCACGCAUAUGUAUUUUGCCAUCCACAUCAGACAUUCUUAUUGCUUGUGCUACUGAUGACACCAAGAUUCAUCUAUUUGCUGACAAACAGUAUGAAGAGAUCUGUAUAAGUCCUAAAGAAAAUGAAACAUUACAGUCACAUUUUGUCAAAGUAGACAGUUUAAUUGGCCAUGAUGACUGGGUGAGAAGCCUUGAUUUUGCUAUUGAAGAUUCUGGAGAUGUGCUUCUAGCAAGCUGUUCACAAGAUACAUUUGUUCGGCUAUGGAGAAUAUCUGCUCGUGAAUGUGGAUCACAGUUACAAAGUCCAGUUAGUGAACUGCCAUCAUCAGAAGAUAUUCAUGCCGAAGAACAUGUAUUUGAAAUUAAAGGUCACUGGUUCGUUUGGGCAGUAGAAUCAGUGUUACCAGGGCAUGAAGGUUGGGUUUACAGUGUCCGGUGGCAUCCUGUUAUUAAUUCAGAAAGUAAAAAUCAUCAGCCAUUGCGAAUGCUUUCGUCAUCCCUUGACAAGACUAUGGUUUUGUGGGCAUUUGAUGCACAGUCUGGUUUGUGGACAGAGGAAGUUCGAGUUGGAGAACUGGGUGGAAACUCCCUUGGAUUCUAUGGAGGCAUGUUUGGACCAGAGGGCCGUAGCAUUAUGGGUCAUGGUUAUCAAGGUGCAUUUCACAUAUGGCAUCAGUCAGAAGAGGGUAGACAUGAAUGGCUACCAAGAACAGCAGCUGGAGGACACUUUGGCCCUGUGGUUGACUUACAGUGGGAACCAAGAGGUCAGUUCCUACUUACUGUCAGUACAGACCAGACCACUCGGUUGCAUGCUCCUUGGGAUCGUGAAAACAAGGAGAUAACUUGGCAUGAACUCGCAAGACCGCAAGUACAUGGCUAUGAUAUGUCAUGUCUUGCAAUUCUUUCAAGGUAUUGCUUUGCAUCUGGAUCAGAGGAGAAGGUUGUAAGAACGUUUAAGGCCCCCAGUAAUUUUGUAACUAAUUUUCAGUCCAUAUGUAAAGUGCGAGAAGAUAGCACAGAAUUUGCAGAAGAAAUUCCCCAGGGAGCUGCAGUGCCAACACUGGGAUUAUCAAAUAAAGCAGUUUAUGAGGGACAACAAGUGCAGUCGGAAGAGAGGCAUGUGAAAGAUGAAUUUCCUGAAUCGUCUUAUUUUAUUCCUGUAAAAUUAACAGAACCACCAACAGAAGAUAAUCUUCUACAGAAUACACUGUGGCCAGAAAUUCAAAAACUGUAUGGGCAUGGUUAUGAGCUCUAUUCCUUAGCAGCAAGAUCAGAUGGGAAAGUUCUGGCAUCAGCUUGCAAAGCUACGACUACAGAACAUGCAGCGAUCAUAUUGUGGCAAGUGGACUCAUGGCAGCAGUAUCAGAAGCUCACUUUUCACCAGUUGACUGUGACACAGUUGGCCUUUUCUCCUGAUGGUGUGUACUUACUAUCUGUGUCACGAGACAGAUGUUGGGGCUUGUUUCAGCGAACUGCCAACAGCGAAAGAUAUGAAUUAGUUGUUGGAUCAGAUAAAAAAUCAGGCAUACAUACUCGCAUUAUAUGGUGCUGUGCCUGGACUCAUGAUUCGUCUCACUUUGCAACUGGAUCCCGUGAUGGCAAAGUGGCUAUUUGGAAUGUAAAAGGGGAAAGCAGGACAGUACCUUUGGAGCUGAAAGGACAGUCAGUAACUGCACUUGCAUUUGCACCUCAUUUACCCAUUGAUGAUGAAAAUGCUCAUGUUCUGGCUGUGGGACUUGAUUCUGGAAUAAUAAUGGUUUAUGAAUGGAAUCUUUCUGAAUGGACCAAGUGCUUGAUUUUAGGUAAUAAUUCUGCUCAUCAUCUUACAGUGAAAAGAGUGGCUUUUAGACCAGUGGAGGAUGAAGAAUCACCUAGGCUACAACUAGCUAGUUGUGGUGCUGACCACAUUGUGAGGAUUCAGCUUGUAGAUCUUAAUUAAAUUUUUUAUUCAUUACCUAUGGAUUUUGAAAUACAUAUAUUUUAUAUAA